CUUUGUCCUGAUGAAAACAAAUAGUCAUUCGAGGAAGGAAUACAAGGUCGUAAAAACAGAAGUGAAAUAAGACUGUCCGACUUUCCUUGCACGAGCUAUUACUUUUUUCUCAAUAAGUUUAUCAUCUCAGUCGUAUGCCCUCCAGAUCCAAGUACAAUCAUCACCGUUUUUCUUUGAAUCCGUUGCAAAUCCGUGCCAGUCUCAGGAAACAACUUCAAAGCAACUCUAUAGACCAAAAUAAUUCCUACUCAAAAGAGUCAGGCCUUCAAAAACAGCUGCACUCAGAAAUAAAUAGCCAAAAAUAGAUCCA